AAACACAGUGUAGUUUGUCUAAUGUGGGGAACACAGAGGCAGAACAACAGUUUAAUUAUAAACUUGAUACUUUAUACUGUUAAUCGACUGCAUGAGUGAAUUGUUAUUUGUUCCUCUGUGUUUUCCUGCCAUGACCUUUGUCCAAAGUCAGCUGUAAAAAGCAUGAACUCUUCCAUUGACCCUUCCUGGUGAUAGCAGGGAUAUAACACUUAUGAAUCAGUGAACUUUGCAAAACUACACAAGUCACAAUAUCUACAAAAGUUAGCUCUCUCUCUCUCGUAUAAGGUCCCAUUGGAUAUUCAGAUGCAUGUUCUCAGACAUCUUUCUUGUUAGAAAGUGCACCUUCUAUUUUUGUACAGGAGGAAACGUUUGAAGAACGCCCUUCAGCAGAAAGUGGGUGUUGACAAUCUUACCUGGGAAAGCCUGUAUGGCCCGGAGCAACCAAUCUCCUUUGACCUGUGUCUGCGGGUCGAAUAAAGGUGGGCUGAGCCACAGAAAGACAGAGAAGGAUUUGAGCUGUAGAAGCGCGUUGUUGGUACAGAACACUACUCCUGUCAGAAGAGAAAAGAGGACGACACAUUUCUUCGUGCUAAAGUCUGAGUGUAAGAAGACGACGCUUUCUCCUGCCUCGGAUAAACAAAGACCUCGAUUGAAAUGUUUCAGAAGGAGUCAGGACAAACACUGGACCAGCCAUCAGCGACAGUGAUGCCUUUAAAUACAUACUCUGCUGCUAUACUGGAAGAAAGUACAAACAUGACGGCCACUGCCGUGGUCAAUGGCGAUACACUUCCAGCUGAAGCUCUGUCAGGGAACGACAGCGGCGUGGAGCUGACCAAUGAGAACAGCCCGCUCACUGCAGCUGAACCACCCUCCCCCUUCAGCCUCAAACCAGAUGGAGAUGCAGCCUCUCCUCAAGAUGAUAAACUGUGUUCAAGGGGAAACAGAAAAAGAAACAGGAAGAAAUUUGAGGAGGAGGACAGUACCUGGGACACCUACAGCGAGGAAAAAACACCAGGCAAAUCUCAGUUGGGAUUGAGAGAGAGACCUCGACCCAGGACCAUUUUUCAAGCCGGUCUGACGGCACAAACGCACAACAAGCCACGCAGACAGAAUCGCAAAAAGGAACAGGGCCAGUUUCAGACUGCUGGUGGUCCUCAUCUAUUGGCAGUCACGUCUCGUAGUGUUCCAGAUGUGCCCAGUUUGGAACUGAUGGAGCAAGAUUCCAAAGACUCAGCCCAGAGCAGCAUCACCACACUGAGCUCAGAAACUCAGCCGGAGUACAAUGACAACAAAGGUUUUGGCAUCGGUGAGCUCGUAUGGGGGAAGAUCAAGGGUUUUUGCUGGUGGCCUGGCAUAGUAGUGACAUGGCGUGUCACAGGAAAGAGGCAGGCGAGCCCUGGCAUGAGGUGGCUGCAGUGGUUUGGAGAUGGCAAAUUCUCUGAGGUUUCAGCCGACAAACUGAACUCUAUCACUGCAUUCACAAAGUUCUUCAGUCAGGUUUCCUACACAAAGCUGGCCCCUUACCGUAGAGCAAUCUUCCAGGCUCUGGAGAUGGCCAGUGUUCGAGCAGAGAAGACAUUUCCUCCCUGUGAGUCAGACAACCCAGAUGAUCAAGUCAAACCCAUGUUGGACUGGGCCAAUGGGGGCUUCCUGCCCAAAGGAGAGGAAGGAAUCAAACCUACAUACAAUGCUGACAGUAAUACUCUAAACCACCAUGUCCUUGAUGUGUCACUGCCUGAGUGCUUUUCUAGCGCAAAGAGACAGAAAUUGAGCCUCUGUAAGAACAAGGCUGCCCCUGAAGAGUCCUACAGCAGAGAACAAAUGGUGAAUGAAGUUCUGAAGAAUAAUUGCAGUAUAGAAGAGUUCUGUCUGUCCUGUGGCAAAAGGAGAGCUGCAACUUUUCACCCACUGUUUGAAGGAGGCCUGUGCCAAACGUGCAAGGAUGUCUACCUGGAGAUGUCUUACAUGUACGAUGAUGAUGGCUAUCAGUCCUACUGUACUAUCUGCUGUGGUGGUCGAGAGGUUCUGCUCUGUGGUAACGCCAACUGCUGCAGGUGUUUCUGCGUGGACUGCCUGGACAUCCUGGUUAACCCCGGAACGUCUAACAAUGCUCGUUAUCAGGACCCCUGGAGAUGCUACAUGUGCCAGCCGCUGCUGCCAUAUGGCGUCCUUAAACGUCGCCAUGACUGGAACCUCAAGCUGCAGGAAUUCUUUGCCAAUGACAAUGGCCAGGAGUUUGAGAAACCAAAAAUUUACCCAGCAGUCCCUGCAGAGCAGAGGCUACCAAUCAGGGUGCUUUCCCUGUUUGACGGCAUUGCUACAGGCUACUUGGUUCUUAGGGACCUAGGAUUUAAGGUGGAUCAGUACGUGGCAUCCGAGGUGUGUGAGGAGUCCAUCUCAGUUGGCGUUGUGAGACAUGAAGGAAAGAUCCAAUAUGUCCAUGAUGUUAGGAACAUCACAAAGAGCAAUAUUCAAGAGUGGGGCCCAUUUGACCUUGUGAUUGGAGGAAGUCCAUGCAAUGAUCUCUCAAUAGUCAAUCCCGCAAGGAAAGGCCUGUAUGAAGGGACAGGGAGGCUGUUCUUCGAGUUCUACCGUUUGCUGAGCGAGGCCAGGCCUAAGGAAGGGGAGGACCGGCCUUUCUUCUGGAUGUUUGAAAACGUGGUCGCCAUGGGGGUCAAUGACAAGAGGGACAUCUCACGAUAUCUGGAGUGUAAUCCUGUCAUGAUUGAUGCUAUUGAGGUCUCUGCUGCUCAUCGUGCACGAUAUUUCUGGGGAAACCUGCCAGGCAUGAACAGGCCUCUCUGUGCCUCCGGAAUGGAUAAGCUGGAGCUGCAAGACUGUCUGGAGCAUGGCAGAGUUGCAAAGUUUGGAAAAGUGCGAACUAUCACCACUCGAUCCAAUUCCAUCAAACAGGGUAAAGACCAGCAUCUCCCUGUGCUGAUGAAUGGCAAGGAAGACAUACUGUGGUGCACUGAACUGGAGAGGAUCUUUGGGUUUCCUGUCCACUACACAGAUGUUUCCAACAUGGGUCGAGGAGCCAGACAGAAGCUCCUUGGUCGUUCAUGGAGCGUCCCUGUCAUCAGGCAUCUCUUCGCACCACUCAAAGACUACUUUGCGUGUGAAUAGAAAACCACAGAUUACCAGGGAACACAUGCCUCUACUGAACAAUCACACCGGCCUGUAUUACUGUCUUCCAGAAACACCAUCUGUUACCAGUAAGAACGAUGAAAGUUGAUCUUUUAAUGCACUGUGACUUUAAAGGUAAUUAACAUAAUUUAAAAAAAAUUCCAUUCUUUUAAAUGGUGCUCAUCCCUGCUGCCUUCUAAGACUACCAGCAGUUUUUUACGUUAUAUUUGCAUAUAUUUGAGUUUUUAUGUGUUUUUAUUUACUGUUGCAGUGCAAUUUUACCUAAAGCCACAUGUCUAGACUUGAAAAAUAGCCCAUGCAAAAGACAACACGAAAGAAACUUUGGUUGAAUUUUGUUUGGUCACAAAGAUGGCUUGCAGUCAAGAACCAUGACAUGAAUCCUGCUGUAGAUGUUUUUUUAUUGUUUUGAUUAGUUUAAGUCCAUUACACUUGUGACACUGUUUAAUAUUUUAAUUGUGAACAAGCUUUGACUACUUUGGUUUUCAGUUAUAAAUUGAAAUGGAUAAUGUGGGCUGUCAUAAAAGAAAUCUCAAGGUGCUGGUUAAAAAUGCUAUGUUUAUGUUCUUUUUAUUUUAUUUUUUAAUGACAGAUUCUUACUUAAUUGUUUUUAAAAAUGUUCUGAACACUGGAAGCUUGUAAUCUUGUUGGCUGUUAGCAAAUUUAACCAGGCCUUACCUCAGACAAUAGAGGAAAAUGUGCAUCCAUCCUUCUUCUAAGACAUCUUUUUUGUGAAAACAUACUGUAACUUACAUUACUUUUCUCUGUACAUGUAUAUAAAAAGUGUGUGUGUGUGUGUAUAUAUAUAUAUAGCGAUUAUUUUAAAGUGUUUUGUGUGAUGUAGCUUCAAAAAAGGUUUACAACUGUUUUGUAUUUGUCUUUUGACCAAAACUUUUCUAAUCACAUGAAUGCACAUUUUUGUCUUUGAAAUAACAUUAUUCAGAAACAUAGUGUUCCAUUCUCCAUUCAUUGUGAUUUUUUUUUUAUCCCUGUUGUUUUAAGGUCCAAAGAAAAAAGAAUUGUUUACAUGUUUGGUUGACACUGCAGAAUCUGUUGCAAAACAACAGUACACAACAUAGUUUUUUUUGGUACCAGCCUAUGUAUAUUAAGAAAACAUAGCACAUAUACUAUCCCAGAGUAAAUCUUGUUUACUUUAUAUCUUGUUAUUUAGAUUUCAGCUAUAUGCCUGUUUAUUUUAAGGCUGUUGGAAAAAGAUCUAACAUAGUUACUGUAGUUUUCUAUUACUUUUAUUAUUAAUAUUUACACCUUGUUCAUGCUUGCUAAAACAUUCUGUAAUGUUUUAUACUUCCUGUUUAUAUAUAUAAUUUUUGUAGCAAACUAUAUAAACGCU